AACCGCCAAUAAAAAUUACAGAAGAAGAAGAAGGACGAUCAGGCAUCAUCAAUCGCUCAUGACGACAUCGCUCGAGCUAACAUGGCGGAUACGAGUGCAAAACAAAGCGGGCAGAAAAGUGUGAAGAUUGCAGCAGGUGCUGUGGUGUGUGUGGAGAGUGAAAUCAGAGGAGACGUCACAAUCGGAGCAAGAACGGUCGUUCACCCGAAAGCUCGCAUCAUUGCGGAGGCUGGACCCAUUGUGAUUGGAGAGGGAAAUCUAAUCGAGGAGCAGGCAUUGAUCAUUAAUAGCUAUCCUGAGAACAUCCUGCCCGACAGCGAUACUGUGGAACCCAAACCCAUGACCAUUGGUAUCAAUAAUGUCUUUGAAGUUGGCUCUGUGUCUCAGGCAUUGAAAAUUGGGGACAACAACGUAAUUGAAUCAAAAGCUGAAGUUGGCAGGAACGUGAUGCUCACCAGUGGCUGUAUUGUGGGCUCAUGCUGUCAGGUGAACACAUGUGAGGUUAUACCUGAAAACACUGUGAUCUACGGCACGGAGUGUCUGAGACGGGUGCAGACCGAGAGACCGCAGCCGCAGACGCUACAGCUGGAUUUCCUGAUGAAGAUUUUACCCAAUUAUCAUCAUCUCAAGAAAACUGUAAAAGGAAAUUCCACUCCGUCCAGAAGCUGAGAAAAUGACAUGCAAGGAAAUCUAAAACGCACUAAUGUAAUAAUUUUGCUUGUAGCUUAUUCUCUAUUGCAUUUAAGUUUGUUUUUGCUUUGUAGGUUGACCUGUAACUUAUUGAUAACAAAUCAUAAAUAUUUUAAAACAUCUUA